UCAGCCCAUGCCGCGGUCAUCGCCAUGGCCGAUCGUAGCAUUGAUGGCGGGUGGUCCCUGGCUCUUCCUUGGGGCGACUGGACCAAAUGUUGGACGUCACAGGGGGCUCGUCACCAGGCAACUUUUCAGUGAGAACCUUUGGACACGCAGGAGCAAGCGUUCACUGUCGACCUGGUAUGGGCCUCCAGUGAUUCCAGACCGAGACGUGAAAGCUUAUGUUGACUUGGUGCUUUCAGAUCCAAACAGUCAAGUCAAUGAUCCUGCCGUACCAGAUUUCAUUGAGCGCGAAGUUUAUUUCGUGGUGGUGCGUUUUGUUCUGCAGAUGUUACAUUUUGCCGUUGGGGUCAUUGACGAGCGCGCCUUGUUCGGUCAAACUCUCUACAUGCUGCAGUAUCAAAGCAAGGAUCACAACCUGCAACGAUCUGCUCUGAACCUGACUCCUGAUAUGAUCGACUUUGCCAUGCGAGAGGUAGUUGUGCCAUCCUCCAGGCACAAAAACAUCAUCGGUGCCAAAGCGGAUGAAAUCCUCUACAAAAAUGCGGUGAAGUCUCUAAGCUGA